UUGUAUAUCAAGAGCAUUUAAUUGUGUCAGUCUUUUAGAUAUCGUUAUCUAAAUGUCACGAACAAUGAAAAGACAAAAAAAUAAAAAAAGGCAAUUCCAUAAAAAGUUGUUAAGACAAACGUCUGAAAAGGAUAAACGAGAUCUUUAUGUGCUCACCUGCACGGAAUGUCAUCAAGCUUUUCCGCCCCGCUACUUUCGUGGCCAGAUCAGGGAGUUUCGCAUGUGCAAGAUGUGCAAGCAGAAUAACCCGGAAAUAUGCAAAUAUUUGGAUAAGUAUGUGUAUCACCCGAAGCAUAUCCAUGACUGUCAUCCAUACCAGAGACGCCUGAAGAAGAUAAUCCAAAAAUGCGAACUUCUUAAGAUUAAGCUGUUGGCCCACAAUCAUCAAUAUGGCAACAAACCAGCUUCAUCCAAAUUAGACAAUCACGACGUGAAUGCAAAGGCUGUGCAACUAUUAAAAAGUCUGAUCUAUAAGUGUGAGAUCGUCGAUAAGGAACUGGGGUCCUACGACCUCUACAAGGCCAGGCCGGUCGAAGGCGAAAAAAAUGCGGAGAUUAAGAUGGAGCUGUGAAUGUUUUACACGAAGCAAAUAAAUA